UGGGGAAAGUCUCGCUGCUUUGGGGAAAGUCUCGCUGCUUUGGGAAAGUCUCGCUGCUUUACUGACCCAGGAGCCUUAUCCUCAGCCUUGCCGGUGCCUUUGCCAGUUCUUUGCCAUUGCGGCGAUCUCAUGCAGCAGACGAAGGCUGCUCACCGAUCUUACUAGGCAAAUCACGAGGGUGACCAUUCUCUAGAUUGGUGUGUCUAGACAAUGCAAUGCUCACAAUGCUUUCAUGCAGGAGGCCGAGCCCAAAAGGUUUCAUGCCAUCAGACCAACUAUACUGUCAGAUCCCCGCCGCAGUGUAGCGAAAACAUUGUCUUCGGUCGCCUUCUAGAGAGACAGCAUUGGAAAGAGAUCCUUAACAUAGCACCAUGGCUGCACUCGAAAUUUUUGGGUUGGUUUGCUGCACAAUCGUUUGAAAUUGAAGACUCAUGCACCGGAUAGAGUGCUGGCAACUGGCAUCCCUAUCAACCAAUGGUACAUCGGCCUUUGGAAUGCGUUACCCAACAUAACAACGGCCGUGGAAUGUCAAGCCAAUCUUACGAUUUGACGAAGACCACGACUAAAAAGAACAAUUGAGACUCUGCUCAGGCCGCAGGAGAGCCACGAACUCUUACAGCUUGCGCCCCGUCACCACUGUCACCACUCGGAAUCGUGCAGCAAUAGUGAACAAAUCGAGUCUGGGGGAGACCAUGCCGACAAUGGGUUCGUCUUCUGCUGCCAUGAGAGACCGAGGUAGUCCUCGCCCACGAAAGCCAAGGCUUUCCCUCGACGCCGUCAGCAAGUAUUUCUCUGUAAGCUACAAGACAGACAACCCCAAUUACCGAGAUAUAAAAUGGGAGCCGCGCGAUACGCGGUUCGUGUUCUGGUACUAUCUCACAACGAAUCUGCCAUUUGCCAGUAUCGCUAUUGCGUUCAAUAGCACGUACCCGGACAACGUGGUGGAAAUGUCGGCCGAAGAUGCGCAAGGAAUAGUCAGCUCAAUCAAUGUGAACUUUGUAUUUUUCAGGGACGGUUUGAAGCGUGGCGGGCACUGGACUAGACCAGAUCUCGUUGGCUGGGCACCUUGCGAUCACGAAAUGUGCUGUUCAAAGCUGGCAGCUCUGGAAAAUGCUGUGUCCGUGAACAGGAGCCCCAACCCCAGGACCAGGCAGGACCAGGAGAUUGCCGAGAAGGCAACAGCACUGUGGCAAGGUACAUGGGCUGAGCUUUUGACAUGCCCCAGGGACCAUGGGGAUGAUUCCCAUGCUUCGAGGCCACGAGCGCGUUCACCCUCCUUCGACAUCUAUGUGGACCCCUCCGAGCGCAGUUCGCGAUCGGCUAGUAAAGCAUCGAGCGGGACUGCUGGAAAGUCGCGUGCAUCUGCCGGAAACAAUGCGCUCCAAUCUAUUGAAGAAAAGGCUCCGCUGGACAUCUGGGUCGACCCUGAUUGUAGGAGUCCUCAGGCUUCGGGUCAUGUACCAGCGGGCUCCGCCAGAAGAUCACGUUCGGCUAUGCGUCUUUCAAGUGCACCGCCUGAGACCGGACGGUCCAGCUCCGACAGGCGGACGCGGUCGAGUUAUCAUUCCUCAAAGUCACGGCAGUCAGAUAGAGUCUCCGUCGCGGGGUCUAGAGCUUCGAAUGCGCCAUCUCAGAGAUCAGAGACACAGGGUACGAAUAUUGAACAAGGAAAUCGCAGGGUGGAAGGCCGAUUCCAAGAAUUGUUAGCAUUUGCAAGAGAGGCAGAUGCCUUAUGGUUUCUGCUCGAGAACACCCUCGUCUUUGGCGCAUGUAUUUUCGCUCUGGAUACCCUAGCGAAGCUCAUCAUGCGCAGUUUCGGUCGCUCCACCAGUGUGCUUUCUAAAAUCAUACCUAUCGUGCCUGCCUUGGUACUCAUUCUUGUGUGGGCAUGCAUCGGAGCACGUCAGUCCAUACGGACGCAACUCAAUUUCAUACGACGAACACUGUUGUUUCGCCAUGAGAUCGUACCGGUCCCCACAGGCCCAUCAGGGCUGUCCCUUGGUGCAUCUGUGCUCUUAUUGGCACUGGCAAUGUGUCUGGCGGCGGGAAUCAGCUUCACUCGCGGUGAGUUGGACCAUGUCGUGCAGCUGCUGAACAAGAUUGCUGCGCAAUUCGAGUCUCGGGAACAUCGGGCCAGGUAGUCCAGCUCAUAGCCUUUGGUUGAUUACUUCUGUCAAAGUCGGUGCACCUCGUUAACCCCACCAACGGGACUUUCCUCUCACCACUCCUCCACUCUCAUAUCCGGAUUCUUCUUCCUCAAACUUGAGCCUUUCCACCACCUGCCGGGCACGGAAGCUCUUGACGAAUUUCCAAGCCUCGGUGUCUGCCAGAUUCCAUGCCUCAGCCACACUCCGAAUCCUCGCGAAGGCGGGAUCCUUGCUGUCGAUGGCUUCCCUCGCCUUUCGCAAAAGCUCAACCUCUACUGCCGCCUGCUCCUCUGUAGGCGGGUCAGGGUCCGAGCUCUUCUUCCGCUCGGCAGGGAGACCAGCAGGAGAUUUGGCCCACCGCUCAGGCCCAGGGAUUGGAGGAAGAGACUCACCGUGAGAGACUGCCGUCCUAGGAACAGGAAACCCAAAGUGCCAAUCAAGGUUCUCCAGCCAGUCUUCGGGGAAAGGUGAGACCUUUUCCUCGACUGGAUGCGCGUCAUUGGUAGGAGACUUUGGUGGAGGUGGGUCGGGCCAGAACGAAGCUGGAAAGUGUUCGGUUGUAAACCACAGGGAUCGACUGCUGCCAUAUUCGGAGGCGACCGCGUCUUUCAACGCCACUACACGGCUCGCGCCCCCUCGAGCAUCUCCCAGAAGAUCGCGCGUAACGGCAGUAAUCCAGGGAUCUCGGUCGGUGUGACGUCGUAUGUGGGCGACGGUGAUUGUGUCGGAGCGGUUGGCGAGGGUGAUCAUAGUAUAAGGAUGCGGGACCACCGAGAUUGUGAACAAGGAAGACGCGUUCCGGAAUGAACGGGCGGUGUUAAUGGGCAUCUUUGAACCAACACAGGGACUGCACUUAGGCCGGUUCGGUGGACAAGAUGACUGUAAAAUUGAGCUGGGGCAUUCGGCGAGCAGGCGGGCAAGGUCUUUUGCAGGUUUGACCAGGGUGAACGUAUGAGCAGGAAGCGGCUGCAAGACAGUGAUUCCUGAGCUAAAGCUGUUUUGCCAGAUUGUGUGCAGAUGUGCUAUCAUCAAUUGGUUCAGGGCAAGUCGACCUUUGUGCGGAUCUUUGACGAUCAAUUCUGCCAACACCGGAUAUUUGGAGGUAAUCACCUGCGAAUCGUAGUGUGCAAUGGAGCUGGGCUGUUCAACUUUGAAGCGUUCUGCACUGAUAGCGUCGGUAAUGGUUUUGAAAGCGCUUAACUUGACA